AUGGAGCUCCAACCUGCGGAAUCCCAGCGCCUACCCAGGAGGCUUGUUACAGACAAGUGGAGUCUUGCGGCGAGACGAGACAACUUCGGCCUCGACCUCCAAGCCGCGGAGGAAGAGGUCGAUGCGAGUCGUGCCAUAGCAACCCCUUGGCGUAUGACUUGUCACCUGUCAGUAUGUGCAAUAAUUGCAUUGAUACGUGUGCGAACUACCGCCUGUGACGAGGGUGUGAAGCACGUUGUCCAGCUGUGGCAGCCUCUAGUGUUGGAUGUUGAGGUCCAGUUGGGACAGGUGCUAUAUUGGACAGCUUAG